AUGCUACGAAACUGGUGAUCACACGCGCUCUGUAGCAGCUCCUAGUUUCACAUGCCAAAGAUAAGUAGAAAAAGAAUAAGAAAGAAACAAAGAGUGAGAUAGAGAAAGAUGACACUCACACGCUGAAAGAAAGUUACUUUAUUCUGGGAUAUCCUGGAAGAGAAAACUGUUCCGAUAGUUCUGGGUUUCAGAGACUAGCUCCUAUAGUUCUGGGUCGAGAUGAAUGAAUAUAACGAGAACCCAUCUGAGAUUAACAGCUUCCAAGUCAAUAAAGCUUUCAAAAAUAACGUUAUUAGCUUCAACAAGAAAAGAAAAUUACAUGCGGAGCAAUUGGGAUUACCCAUACCAAAGCAUGGAUGCUGGGAUCACAGCUUCGCUUCUGAAGAUGUCACUGUGUUUGAAAAAAUUCCUAAAGCAGAGAGCUUAUGUACAAACAUAAUCAACAGGAAAACAGGGGGAGCAACCAUGGUCAACAAUGAGUCAGAACCUGAAUCAGGGGAAGGUAGCAAUAGCUUUGCUGAAGAUUCAGAUUCUGCCAUGUCUACAUAUGAUGAAGCUAGACUUCAACCAGAGUGUGCAAACACACAUCUAUCCGAUGGGCCAUCCACUUCAUCUGUUAAUUGUCCGAGCAAUUGUGGUAAGUACUACUCUUUGGGUUCCAGAAAAGACAAAGUAGCAUUUCUUAGUGGAGGGAAUCCUUCUUCCCAUCACGAUGGAUUACAAGCAUUUCAGAAUGCCGAGGAUGACCUCCUAGAAUUUGGUAACUAUGAUGCAGAUUACAAUUGCUUGGAAUAUGGAGAAAGUAUUGAAGAUAUUCUCUACUCCAAUGGGGCUAACCCAAAUAAGUAUGUUCUUUCAUCUGGAAGAUGGAACGUAAACCAAGAUGCUCAAUCAGGCACUAGGAAACCAACUAUUGAUCAAGAAUUCGAGCAGUACUUUUCCAUGCUUAUGCUGUAGCAGCAAUUAUGUUGAAAUAAUCAUAUGCAUCUGCUGUAUAUAAAUUUUGUGACUGACAUAAAUAUGUAAACAGCUUGUUAUUUUUGGUCAUUCCAAAUGAUCAAUGUUAGACUA